GCAGCGGGACGUAAUGGACAGUUUUCGAGAGAAACACCACUGGUGACACCUUACUGAGACAUGGACUUGGCAGAAACCCUACUGGCACUGCUGAUCGCCGCUGUGGCUCUCGUGUCUCUCUUGUCCAACUCCCUCGUGCUGCUAUGCUUUGCGCACAGCUCCGAGAUCCGCAGGCAAGUCCCGGGGAUAUUCAUCGUGAACCUGUCCUUCUGCAACAUACUCAUCACCGUCCUGAACAUGCCCUCAACACUGCUGGGGGUCAUCAAGAGACAGAACCCCUUUGGGGACUGUGUUUGCCAUGCUCUGAGCUUUCUGGAGACGUGCUUGACCACCAACUCGAUGCUCACCAUGGCCUCGCUCAGCAUUGACAGAUGGGUCGCCGUGGUCUUCCCGCUGAGCUACUCCAGGAAGAUGCGCUACAGGGACGCGGUCGUCAUGGUGUGCUACUCCUGGCUCCACUCCCUCACCUUCGCCGCGGUCGCCGUGCUUCGCUCCUGGGCGGACUACAGCCACGCGUACGCCUCGUGCACCGUGCGCCUGAACGCGGAGAGCGCGCGGAGCGGCUACGCCGCGUUCACGGUGGCGCUCCACGCCUCGGGCUUCGCGCUCUCGCUGCUCACGCUGUGCUUCACGUACCUCAAGGUGCUCCGGGUCGCGCGCUUCCACUGCAAGAGGAUCGACGUUAUCACGGUGCAGACCCUGCUUUUGCUCGUAGAUAUUCACCCAAGUGUUAAACAACGAUGCCUGGCAGAGCAGAAGAGGAGAAAGCGACGAGCUACCAGGAAAAUAACCAUCUUUAUUGGGUCCUUUGUCAUCUGUUUUGCCCCAUAUGUUACUACAAGGCUGGCGGAGCUCCUUCCCCUGGUUUGUGUCAGCCGACAUUGGGGCGUUCUAAGCCGGUGCUUGGCAUACGGCAAAGCCGCGACCGACCCCUUUGUCUACUCCCUCCUGCGUCAACAGUACAAGAGAGUCCUGGUGCAAGCCGUCAACAGGCUGCUGAGGCGGGACCUGUUCCCCUCCUCUGCUCGAAGCAGCUCCGUGGACACUGAUCAUGAAAUUGCCCCCAGAGGAUUGGCUGAGGGGGCCCAGGGCACAUGAGGUCAGCUCAGAGAAUGGACAGCAGCCACAGCUGGAGGUGAUAAUGGAGAAUGCAUUAGAUCAACUCAGGGGGAAGUUAAUUUCGCGGCAAAGGCACAAAACUGACUCUCUCGGAGAUGAUUUAAUCUACUGAUUUUACUCAGCA